UUUGAACGACCCCUUAUGCGAGAAACUGGCCAAAUUAGAAACAUGGCCAAACUGGUAUAGUUCCUCUAAAACAAAAUAAAAGGAAUGGAUGUAAGACCAUACUGCGCAUGUGUUCUUCAUACCCUUCAACCGAGUCCUGACGGAUGACUGUUGAUAAUAAGUGAUUACACAUCCAGUUUCUUUUGUUGGAAGUUCUGCCAGUAUCCAUUUUAUUAGUUUUGUGUGAUUGUUAGUCUUCAAGUGGAAAUAAAUAUAUUUUAAGUCUAUCGUUUGAACAAUGGAACCCAUUUGGCAAAACAUUACUACGGCCCUGGAAAUCCCACCGGAUGUAGCGGAUAAAUGGCUUGCCAAGUUGAAGCAACAAUACGCUCAACCAAACAGGCAUUAUCACAAUGAAGAGCAAAUGAUCCGUCGGAAGGUUGAGCAUCUUUCCGGCGCCAGCUUGUGUCUCCAGCUGGCACUUUUGUUUCAAUACUAUCAUUUCGAUGCUGGCAAGGAUUGCGUCAAGGAAAACUGUGAUGCCCUAAAGGAAUUUCUAGUGGAGGCCAAACUUGAAAAUAAAGCAUUGGAGAAUAAUGUUCUACGGCUAUUGGGGGACGUUUCAGUGGAAAGCUCUGAUCUACCGGACGAAGAUGUUUCCUACUUUCAGGAUUUGGAUCUUUCGAUAUUAGGUUAUUCAGCGGAAGACUAUAAACUAUAUACGGAACAAUUGAGGAAGGAGUAUUCAUCGAUGGAGACAAGUUCCUACAAUAAAAUGAGAUUGAAGAUCCUUCAAACCUUCAACUGCAUCCCAUUCAUCUACGCUACCACAGAGUUUGGGGAUAAAUUCGAAAAAACUGCCAGGGAUAAUAUUGAAACCGAAAUCAAGGAAUUGAAAAGCCAAUGAAGUGAGAAAUUUGAAAUUAAUUCUAGCGAGUUAUUUAAAAUGUACCUAUUAAAAAGUUUGAGCACAUAAACAAAUAAAAAUAAGAAGCGGAAAUCGACAUCCAUAAAUUACCCAUAAUACUGAAUUUCAAACUAUUUGCAUGAAACAUUUUUCUAAGGUGAAUCGCAACUAAUCUGAUUAAAAUCUUUCUCAUCAAAAAGUUCGACGUAAUUCAUG